GGUUUGUCCCGCGGUCACGUCCCAGCGACACGCCCCCUGCUUCCUUACCAGAUUCCCAGAUUCCCAGAUCCUCUUUGGAAAAGCGUCGUCGAAAACCCACUGUAGAGAGAUGGCAGCUGCAGGUUUUGAACCCGGUGCCGGGCGGGGAAUCAUGGCUGCAGAACAAGAGCCUGAAGAAACUGUUUCUCAAGAGCUGCACAGCCCCCCUGAGCUGAGGAUCGUGCUGCUUGGGGGAAGCAGGGCUGGAAAGACUUCAUCUGGAAACACCAUCCUGGACAGAGAGGGGGGUAGAUCUGGAUUGAGCUUCUCUGCUGUAACGAGGGAGUGUGAGAAGAGAACAGGAGAAGUGUCUGGGAGAUGGGUCACUGUGGUCGACACUCCAGACUUGUUACACACAGACCAGGUUGAGAUUGAGAGAUGUGUUUCUCUGUCUGCCCCGGGACCCCACGCUCUCCUCCUGGUGAUGCAGGUGUAUCCAAAAAAAAUGCUUGACUCUAUUAAGUUAAUAGUAGAACAGGAUUGCAAAUCCUUUGUUAAAGUGCAGGAGCUGUUUGGUGAGAGAGCUGUGAGGAACACGAUGAUCCUUUUCACCUGCGGGGAUCAUCUGAAAGGCAGGACGAUUGAGCAGCGCAUUGAGGAAGCUGGUGAGGAGUUCCAGCAGCUUGUUGAGAAAUGUGGGAACAGGUAUCAUGUUCUCAACAAUAAGAACAGGAGCGAUCGCACUCAGGUCACACAGCUCCUGGACAAGAUAGACAACAUGGUGAAGGGAAGUGGAGGCUGCUACCUCCCAAAUGAGAUUUACCAGGAGGUAGAAGAAAAGAUUAGACUAAAGGAACAGGAGCUGAAUGAGAAACACAAAGAGGAACUGAGCAGGAAAGAAGAGGAGAUGAAACAGAAAUAUGAGGAGGAACAGAGGAGGAGAGAAGAGAUGAAACAGAAAUAUGAGGAGGAACAGAGGAGGAGAGAAGAGGAGAUGAAACAGAAAUAUGAGGAGGAACAGAGGAGGAGAGAAGAGAUGAAACAGAACUAUGAGGAGGAACAGAGGAGGAGAGAAGAGGAGAUGAAACAGAAAUAUGAGGAGGAACAGAGGAGGAGAGAAGAGGAGAUGAAACAGAAAUAUGAGGAGGAACAGAGGAGGAGAGAAGAGGAGAUGAAACAGAAAUAUGAGGAGGAACAGAGGAGGAGAGAAGAGGAGAUGAAACAGAAAUAUGAGGAGGAACAGAGGAGGAGAGAAGAGAUGAAACAGAAAUAUGAGGAGGAACAGAGGAGGAGAGAAGAGGAGAUGAAACAGAAAUAUGAGGAGGAACAGAGGAGGAGAGAAGAGAUGAAACAGAAAUAUGAAGAGGAACAGAGGAGGAGAGAAGAGGAGAUGAAACAGAAAUAUGAGGAGGAACAGAGGAGGAGAGAAGAGGAGAUGAAACAGAAAUAUGAGGAGGAACAGAGGAGGAGAGAAGAGGAGAUGAAACAGAAAUAUGAAGAGGAACAGAGGAGGAGAGAAGAGGAGAUGAAACAGAAAUAUGAAGAGGAACAGAGGAGGAGAGAAGAGGAGCUGAUGGAGAAGUUGAGGAAGCAAAUGAAGGAGGAGGAGCUGGAGAAAGAGGCAGAGGAAUCCAAGCUGCCUGUCAGGAGAAGGGACAGCAUUGAUGGAGAGCGUCCCAACUUGUCUGGAGGUGAAGGAGAGGCUCCCCUUGCAGAUACCCAAGCGCCUCCCAGCCCCCCUGAGCUGAGGAUGGUGCUGCUUGGGAAGACUGGGGCUGGGAAGAGUGCAGCAGGAAACACCAUCCUGGGCAGAGAGGAGUUCAGAUCUGAAGCCAGCUCCUCUGCAGUAACGAGGGAGUGUGAGAAGAGAAAAGGACAAGUGGCUGGGAGACGUGUUGCUGUGAUCGACACUCCAGAGCUCUCUCAGGACAAACUCCAGAUUAGGAGCUGUGUUUCUCUGUCUGCCCCGGGACCCCACGCUUUCCUCCUGGUGAUACCGGUGGGCCGAUUCACAGAGGAAGAGAGGAGAGCAGUGGAGACAGUCCAGGAGAUAUUCAGUGAGGAGGCUGUGAGGAGGUACAUGAUGCUCCUUUUCACACACAGUGACAAACUGAAAGGCAAGACCAUUGAGGAUUAUAUUCAGACAGGCAGCAAGGAGCUCCAGCAGUUUGUUGAGAAAUGUGGGAACAGGUAUCAUGUUCUCAACACUGAGGACAGGAGCGAUCGCACUCAGGUCACACAGCUCCUGGACAAGAUAGACAACAUGGUGAAGGGAAACAACGGCAGCUACUACACCAGUGAGAUGUACCAGCAAGCAGAAGCAAAGAUCAGACAAAGACAAGAGGAGAUACUGAAGGAGGAGGAAGAGACGAUAUUGAGGGAGGAAGAGGAACUGAGGGCAAAGCACCUGAAAGAACUGGAGAACACGAAAAGGAAGAUGAGAUUGGAAAUCCAGAAACGAGACGAGAAGAUCAGAGAGCUGGAGGAGAGGAUAGGAGAGCUGGAGGAAAAGCUGAGAAAAGAACAGGGAGAGAAUCACAGGAUCAAACUGGAGGAAGAGCUGAGGAGAAAGAGAGAGGAGAGAGAAAGAGCAGAGCGAGAGAAGGAGGAGUGCAUGGAGAAGGGGGAGAGAGAGAGGGGAGAGUACGAGGAGAAACACAGGAGAGAGAUGGAGGCGGUCCGGCAGCGCUACCAGGAAAGGCUGAGGGAAGAAGCAGAGAAAUCCAAUGACUUUGUGAAGCACUGUGUGAAGCCAGCAGCAGUAUUACUGGGAGCAGUGGCAGGGGCACUGCUAGGGGCAGCAGCAGGAGCUCUGAGGGGUCAAUUGGGAGCUGCAGCAGGAGCUGCUAUUGGAUCUGUAGCAGGAGCACAAGUAGGAUCUGUGAUAGGAGGAGCAGCCAGGGCAGGAGUAGCAGAGAGCUCAGACACACACACACACAGAAGCAGAGAGCUCAAAUAAACUCCUAACAUCACCCCCUGUGCCCCUCCAGGGCUCACAGCUGACAGAAAGAAAUGUGUGGGAGGACCCCCGAGUCACAUGACUAGACGACAUUUCCUGUCGUGGUGACAUUAAAAGCCAGCUGGCUUUCUUGACUAAAGAGACAUCCAAGUGUUCUCGUAAUCCUCGCCCUUUUUAUGCGAUUAGGAAAAGCUUCAUCAAGCAGCUCAUUAUAAUGACAUGUUGUUAAAUAUGAUUGUGUUUGUCUCCACGGCUGUGUAUCCAGAGCCUUGCUUUCUACAGCACAGUGUCAGGUUUGAGGAGAGCACUGUGAGCCUCCUGUGAAGCUGUAACUCGCUGGGAAAUGCACACUUUAUCAAUGGAUUUGAAUCAAUGUCUAGAAACCACUGCUGAGCUGGUGAAUGGAAAAUCUCUCUACAGAAUCACAGUGACAGAUGAACGCUGUGAAUCUAGGAGGCAGUGCGGUCCAGUGGUUAAAGUCCAGGGCUUGUAACCAGGAGGACACUGGUUCAAAUCCCAGCUGUCACUGACUGACUCACUGUCAAUAGAAUGUGCUUUGCCUAGGUCCUGAGUAUUUCAACCGGGCAGCAGUGUGGAGUAGUGGUUAGGGCUCUGGUCUCUGGACCGGAGGUUUGUGGGUUCAAUCCCAGGUGGGGGACACUGCUGCUGUACCCUUGUGCAAGGUACUUUACCUAGAUUGCUCCAAUAAAAACCCAACUGUAUAAAUGGGUAAUAGUAUGUAAAAAUAAUGUGAUAUCUUGUAACAAUUGUAAGUCGCCCUGGAUAAGGACGUCUGCUAAGAAAUAAAUAAUAAUAUUGGAGAGGGGGUGGGGUUAUUGGGCAGG